AUGGAAAAUGGUAUAUCUUUGAAAUCUAAAUCUAAAUCAAAAGAAGAUGCGAAUCGAAUUAUUUCAUCAAGGAAAAAUAAAUCAAAACGGAAAAAGGAUCAGCCGUCAAGAUAUAAUUCCAAAGAAGUAUAUAUCACAUCAUCGCCAGAAACCAUUAAAAGUCGGAAAAAAGAUUUGAAAUCGACAACAUCGAAAAAAGGUAUUCUGAAACAAUCUGCCGAAAAAGAGAAAUCAGCAAAAUUGCCAAAAUCUGUCAGAAUAAAAUUGCCAAAUUCAAAAGAUAAAUCAAAAUCGGCUGAAAAUGGAACAAAAUCAGAUGAAAAACAAACUGGAUCAAAAUCAAAAGAAAAGGUUACGAAUUCUAGCGAGUUUGUAACAAUGUCAGCAAAUAAUCCAUCAAAAGAAACAUCAAAGGAAACGGAUAUUGGAAAAAAUACCAAAUCAAAAACAUCGGUUGAAAAUUCGAAAGAAGGUGAAACAAAACAAAAAAUUAUAAAAAGAAGACGAGGAAGCCAAGAAAUUAGUGAUUCUGAUAAAGAUGAUGAUGGAUCUGCUGAAAUUAUUCAUGAACCGAGAGAUAAAGAAACUGGCUCGAAAAAGAUUUAUGUCAAGACAAGAAAAAUCAAAACGGUUGAAACAUUAUUCGAUUAUAUUGGUAUGAGAUUUUAAAUUCAUUCAAAACUUUCGAUUACACGUUUUUUGCAGGAAUUUAUUAUUCACCAACAAGAAAAACGAUUAUCCAUGUUUGUAUCAUCAACUUCAUCUUUUGGUUUAUUCUAAAUGCAAUAUUUCUCUCUAACAAAUUGACAAAAAUAACAUCCGAAUCGAUCUAUGAACUCACAAAUGUUUAUACGCAAGUUACACCAACAAAUGACGAUGAUUUGUUAGAAGUAUCUCAUAACUCAAGAAUAUUUUCUGGUGAUCUACCAACAAAUGAUUUGGCUCAUGUUAUUUGCCCAUUUCUAUCUCUAGCAUUUAUCGGGUUUGUAUUGAAAAUUCAAAUAAUUUUUAGAAUCAUUCAAUUAUAUUCAGAACUCGUCAUAAAACAUCAAUGCGAAUAAUUGUUUUCUUUCUACCAAUUUGUUUUUUCUGCAUGACACAUACAGUUCGUUUAUGGUAUAUCGGAACUUUCGGCCUACAAAUUCUCAGUCAUAUGCUCGGAAUAUUCUUUCAAGUUUAUUUAAUCGAAUCUGUUCCGAAAUAUCAUCGACUUUUGGCUUUUGCAAUGUUUGAAAUUUGUGAGCAUUUUUUAAGUUGAACAAAAGAUUAUCACCAUUUUUCAGCUUCGGUUGUUGCUGAAAUUUCUGCACUAUGUUUGAUUAAACUAGCCAAUUUCACAUUGAAUUUGGUACUUUUUCCAUACAUCAGCUUUGACUAUGAUUUUCUUGUGUUAUUAUACAUCAAUGUGAGUUUAGAUAUUUGAUUGUGGAAAAUAUCACCUUUUAUUUUUUUUUUUAGAAAAACGAGUGAUACAAUUUAUAAUCUUUUGACAUUGAGUGAUUUCAACAGAUUGGAAAAAUUAAUUCAACGGAUUGUCAAAAAUGGUAAAAAUUUAUUAGUUCUCCGAAAGAACACAAUUAAUUUUCUUUAUUUUAGCAAAACUAAGUUUGGACCCAGCAACAGCUGUUGAUAGCGUGGCAUUUCAACGAAUAGAACCAAGUGACGAUAUUAUGAAAAUAUUUAUGCACACAUUGAAAACUAGAAUAAUUAUGUAUGAACUGUUUGUGACUUCGAUUCUAUGGUAAGAUAAAAUCAUAAUCGAUUUUAAAUCUUGAUUUGCAGCACAAUUAUUUCAAAAAUCGAUGCAUACAUUGAUUCGGAUAUCAAUUCAGUCAAUACAUUAGGAUAUUUUGACACAAAAUUAUUCAAACCUGGUUCAGCAUGUAUUACAAUUAUAAUUAUGAUACUUUUCGCGUUGUGAGUUCAAAAACUACCAGAAAUCGAGUACAAUCCUAUUAUUAUUGACAGUUUUCUGCCGCGCAGUCGAAUAUUUCUUAUAUCGAUUUCUUCAUUUUUAUUGAUGGUUAGCAUGUUUGUGGUUAAACUAACAUCACAUUAUGUUGAAAGUAUAAACUCGUGUAACAAUUUGAAGGCUCUAGGUAAGACAAUUGUUUCUUGUUUUUAAACAAAUAUAUUUGAAACCGAUGUUUCAGAAAUUGGCUAUAUUGGGUUAGGAUCUGCUGUAAUUGCAAAAGGUAGUUGUCUAUUGAUGAGAAGAAUUUCGGAAAUUCAUUUGGUGAGCAAACUAAAAACUUUGACCUAUUUUCAACUAACAUUUUUUAGAUGGAAAGUGUUCCAAGUAUUGUUCGUGUUCAAGUUCUCGCAUUUUUCUAUUUCUGCACUAUUAGUUUAUAUGGAGAAGGAAAUUACAAAACUUUCCUAGCCAAUUCAGAUAUGUCGACAGUUUUAGGAAUACAAUAUUGUUUUCUAAUACCAGUCGGAAUUUGGUUAUUAACACCAAGAAACAAACUCGAACUAACAGUGCACUUCUCGGAAGUUUGGUCAAAAUGGAAAUGGAGAACUUUUAGUAAUAUUAUUGCUGGUGAUUCGGAAGCACAUUUAAGUGCUCCUCCUGCACCUAAUGUUAAAUAA